AGCUGACCCUGAACCCACCAGAAGGGAUCGUAGCAGGUCCCAUGAAUGAAGAGAACUUCUUUGAAUGGGAAGCUCUGAUUAUGGGUCCUGAAGACACCUGUUUCGAGUAUGGGGUUUUCCCUGCCAUUCUGAGCUUUCCACUCGACUAUCCGUUAAGUCCUCCGAAGAUGAGGUUCACCUGUGAGAUGUUCCAUCCAAACAUUUACCCAGAUGGGAGAGUUUGCAUCUCUAUUCUUCACGCUCCUGGGGAUGAUCCCAUGGGAUACGAGAGCAGCGCUGAGCGGUGGAGUCCUGUGCAGAGUGUGGAAAAGAUCCUCUUGUCAGUUGUUAGCAUGCUGGCAGAGCCAAAUGAUGAAAGCGGAGCCAAUGUAGAUGCCUCCAAGAUGUGGCGGGAAGACAGAGAACAAUUUAACAAAAUUGCCAAGCAGAUUGUGCAGAAGUCACUUGGACUUUAAGCUCACAAAGAGACUGAAGUGUUUUGUAUUUCUCUCCACCUGAAAAUGAGCAGUGCUCAGUGCUGGUACCAAAAAGGAAUACUUUGCAAAACUAGUUCUUAUCAUUUGUUAUUUAUUUACCAUCUCUUUUCUUCUUCCACUGCUCCAGAGAAGCCUCUAGUUCAUUCACUAAAUUUUGUGGAAAAAGGAUUUAAAACUAAGGAAAAAUAUGGAGACAAUGCUGUUUCAAAGGCUGCUUCUUGCUACCUCACUUCAUGGUAUGAAAAGCUUGGAGACUUUGCAAUCAGCAGCUCACCUUCACCGAUCUGUUGUUUGAGAACAGAGCUGAUGUGGAUCACCUGCCGGAAGAAUUAGUUGUAUGUUUUUAUAGGUAGCAUUGCAUCUGAAGCACCAGUAGACAGGAAAUAAUCUAUCAGUUUUAUGAUACUCGCCAAGUUAAGGACAACAUUUGCAGACAGAACUGAAGAGUAUCAUUAGCAAGAGAGGCUACAAAAUAAGGUUAUAGUCAGGAUGUGUUAGCAGAGAAAGUGAUUGUGCAGCACAUAACUUUAUGAUAAGACCUGGGGAGUUGUUGCCAGUGACUGGCUGUUCCCAUGUAGCACUGUGAAUUUGUGUUGAGCCUUUGAGUCAGUGUUUGCUUGGAAGAAAUUCCAAGAACUGCUUUAUUACUCUUUGGAGACAGUUGUAAAUUUUACAUUCAAUUAGAGAUGCAGGAUAUAAAGACCGGGUUCUUAAACACUUUGGUAAGGUUCACCAUGGGCAAGGUAGUUCAUUGGCAGCCUGAAAAUCCAGUGAGGAUGUGUCUGCUCCUCUGGGCAUGUAAAAUAUCUCUGUAGUAAUGUCAGCUCCUCUUCUGUUGACAUUUGGGUGUGCAGAGGAUUAGGCACUGCUGGCCUUUGCCGUUACAGUCCAGCUCACCCGUUUUUCAUGUGAACGAGCAAAGGUGGACAUGACGACUUUUGUAAAAUUAACUGUAAUACUUCUUUUACUACUUUUGUGUAUUUAAGUCAGAGAAGAUGCUGGCUGUUUUUCUAGAGGAUGGUACGAUGCAGGUUUAGAACUGCAGAGCAUUGUAGCCGAUUGCUGGUGUGGAGGGUGUGGGAAAUACCAGCUGCAACAAUCAGUUUGCAAAACUCCUUAGGGGCCACUGGUGACCUUUGUGCUUUGCAAGCAAAUCUCUUGUGUAGGUCCAAAUCUUCUCCAAUUUACCACAAGCAAUAACAUGCCCAUUGAUAGCACAUGGAAUCAAAUUUUGUUGGCAGCUUUACGGGCUAAAUUUGAGAAGGGCUUUUUAUUUUUCUGUGAAAAGCGUGUGACAUGGAAAGAGUCGCACCUUGGGGAAAGCUUUACAGAGGUGAUUGUGUGCAUGCGCGUGUGUACAACUCGUCAGUAUUUAUGUCUUGCUGUCUGUGCUGCAUAUUCACGUGCUGCAGAUUGCAGUAUGCCAUCAUUCUGCACCUCCGAAGAAUUUGUAUUGCUACAACUUGCUAAUUUUACCUCCUUGUAGAAAUAAUCUUGCCUUGGUCUAAGGGUGGGAGGGGGACCUGACAUAGUUUGGGAGCAGAGAUGAUGAAAUAGUGUUGUACCUAACUAGUAUUUCAAGGCAUACAGGAAAAUGUAGCACUUCUAUGCAAAUUGGGAGCAUUUUUUUGAACUGUAGUAGAUGGAGCAUUGCUCCUGGGAGUACUGCAGCCACUUUUGGAAACAACGCUGGAGAGCUGUGAGCACCACAUGGCAAAUGGUGGAUUCAGCAGACAUAGCAAAAGUGGGCUUUUUUAAAGUGCGGAGUAUUUUAUUCAUGUGUGCUCACUCAUUAUCUUUAUUUUAUGGUGGAUCUAGUCUGUAUCCUGAAAAUAAAGUGAUUAUAUUUUCUCCUUU